UUUUCCUCCCCGCUUCCCCUCUCUUCCGGCGGCGGCGGCGGCGGCGGCGGCGAUGCAGCAGGCGGCCUUCCUCGCCCGCCCGCUCCGGCCGGGCCCGCGCCACCAGCUGGGGUGGGCGUGGGCGGAGGCUAGCGUGACGGCCGGGGGGCGGCUGCGGCUCUCGCGUUGCUCCGCGAGCCUCUCGGUCGGCGCCGCCGGCGGUGGCCACGGUGAUGAGCACGCCCCAUUGUUCUCAAGGCAGCAAGCAUGGGAUCCCUACAAAAUUCUUGGUGUUGAUCAUGAUGCAUCUGAAGAAGAGAUCAGGAGUGCAAGAAAUUUUCUUCUUAAGCAAUAUGCUGGGCAUGAAGAGACCGAAGAGGCAAUUGAAGGCGCUUAUGAAAAAAUAAUAAUGAAAAGCUACUCACACCGUAAGAAAUCCAAGAUUAAUCUAAAAAGCAAGAUAAAAAAGCAAGUCGAGGAAUCCCCUUCAUGGUUUAAGGCAAUGCUUGUAUUCUUUGAGGUGCCAUCCGCAGAGAUUAUUUCAAGAAGGCUCGCUCUUUUUGCUUUUAUUGCUGGGUGGAGCAUUGUAACCUCCGCUGAGACCGGUCCAACUUUCCAGCUUGCACUAUCAAUCGUCUCGUGUAUAUACUUUCUCAACGAGAAGAUGAAGAAUCUUUCCAGGGCGUCUGCGACAGGGUUUGGAGUUUUUGUGGGUGGCUGGAUUAUGGGAUCUCUGCUUGCCCCAAUGGUUCCAGCAUCUGCUGUCCCGCAUACUUGGUCCAUUGAGCUCCUUUCUUCACUGGUGGCUUACGUUUUCUUGUUCUUGGGUUGCACUUUCCUCAAGUGAAAUUUCUGUCAACAGCCUGGCAACAGGGGUGGUGGUGUUAGAGUUAUAGUUCCCAAUCAAAUCGAUGCUCUUUUUGACCAUUCCAUAGUCUGGAAUUCGUAGCAGCCUUUAUUCACCUUGUCUUUUAGGAUGCGUCCCUGUAGGAAAAAUAUGUAAGUGAAAACUGCUGCCUCGGUGAAAACAUACAGCAUAGAAAUUUAUUUUUUUUCUUUUUUUUUUAAAAAAAUCACGUUUAGAGAAUAUUGAUAUUGAGGCCUUACAUAACUUGAAGAUCUAUCGGACUCAACUUGGUUUAUGAGACCUUUUAUUUUAUUUUGGCAAUUUCAUAUGUUCCAUUUCAAAUACGCCUUGAUUGAGUUGCAACUUGCAAGGAUGUAACAUUUGCCUAACCGGGAUGGUUAUUUUAAACAAGAAAUGGAUCUCAACGAAUUUCGUGUGGAUCUGAAUGACAAGCUACAUCCAGAGUUUCAGUUAGCUGGUGUUGGAAAACGAUCCGCUGUUUUUGCACAGUCCAUUGGACAGCAACUUUUGAGGAU